AUGGCAACUGCAAACGUCCGCCAAUUUCUUGGUGUACCGUACGCUUCCGCAGGGCGUUGGGAGGCACCGACACUUCCGCUUAAUCGUACCACAAUUUUCAAAGCGACAAAGUUCAGCGACGCAUGCGUUCAGAAUUUGGCCCCAUCCAACUUGGAGUUCCUAAAACUGUCAGGAGGUCAAGGAAUCGGUAUUCCAGAGUCGGAAGAUUGCUUAACCGCCAACAUAUGGGUGCCUAGUCUCAACAGAAAGCAAAAGACCGCUGUGCUGAUAUGGAUUCAUGGUGGCGGGUUUCAGUGGGGAACACUAAUCCUAUCUCCCAAGAGCAACCUUGCCAUCUACAAUGGCCAGAAUUUUGUUCGCGACAACGAUGACAUCGCCAUAGUCACGUUCAACUACCGCUUGAACGUGUUUGGCCAGCCAAAUGCACCCCAGCUUUUGAGCAAGACAAAAUCGCAGAACUUUGGCUUACUCGAUAUUGACGCUGCCAUCCAAUGGGUUCAUACUAAUAUUGCUGCAUUUGGAGGCGACCCUGAGCGCAUCUCGUUGUUUGGCCAGAGCGCCGGGAGUAUGGCUGUGGAUGCGUAUUCGUUCAUGCAUCCAAACGAUACAAUUGUCAAAGGGACAAUUCAAAUGUCCGGAACCCUCAUACAAGGCGAUUCUCCAGGAGGGUUGGCGAAUGCAACAUAUGAAGGCGACAUUUGGAAUAGUUUGGCAGAGAGCCUCAACUGUGGAAAUGGCAAGUCCAAGUUCAAUACUCAAACUUUUACUAAACUCCUACCUAUUUUAGAUCCCGAUGACGCGCAGCUCGCCUGCAUGAAAGCAGUUCCGUUUAGGACGUUGGAGGAUGCUGUCAUGAAAUUUGGUGCCAUUGUAUUCAAAGCCUUUAUAGAUGAUAUCACCCUUUUCACUGAUCUUCCACAGCGCAUAGCAUCUGGAAAGUUUUUGAAGGUGCCUUUGCUGUCGGGUAGUGUCCUGAACGAGAACGACAUAUUUGUGGUUGCUGCUGAACUCACUACCCCUCCUAGUAUUGUUUUCCCCUUGUUAACGGAGGUAGCUGCAGAUCUCCAAACGCAGGUUGCUUUCACUUGUCCAGCUGGAACCAAUGCCCAAGAUCGGCUCAACGUCAAUUUACCUGUCUGGAGAUAUCAAUAUCAAGCUGUAUUUUCCGACCUCUCCACGCGUCCAGAGUUGAGGUCCUACCAUCAGGCAGAAGUCCCCAUCGUAUUCGGCACCUACGAUACAGCGAUUUCCGCUGUGAAGUCUACUACCACAGAGGUAAAUCUGUCCAAGUAUAUGCAGAAAGCUUGGGUAGCGUUUGCCAGAGAUCCUGCGAAUGGAUUGACCAACUAUGGCUGGCCAACCUACAACGCAACAUCAGACAGCCUUGUGCAGCUCGGCGGACCAGCUAAUCCAUCCGGAUUAUCCCUCGGACAAGGCUCUUUGCUUGACCACACCUGCAAUCAUUCUGAUGAAUUGCUCACCUUUGCUAUCCAACUAUCUUCCAACUUCGCUUAG